AUGGAAAACUCAGACUCUGACGAGCAAGAGAAGAAGAGGCCUCAUUUAUACUCACUUUCGCCCACCAUGGCUCGUAGCUCCACCACUUCUCCACCCAAUAACCAUAGCGAUCUUGAAGCCAAAAUUAAGGAACUAAAGGAUAAGCAAGGUUCUUAUGAUGAAAUGCUAAUCACAGUGAAUCAAAUAUGGAAUCAGGUUAUCUUGAAUGUUUGGUUGGGUUUUCUUCCUUUUCAUGGUCUCAAUUGUGUCCACCAGGAUGACAUGUUCAAUUCCAUCAUGUUCUGCGGGGGAGAUGUUUCUUUGUGUCUCCUACAAAGAGAUUCUAUAGAAGCUAAUGGCAAUGAUGAAAUUGCUAAAUAUGUUGAAGAAGCUCUCACUUUGCGUCAUACGUCUACUAGGGAGUUGUUAAAACUCUUGGAACAUACCAUUUAUUCUCAUAGGGAAAAAACAGAGAGCAUGGUCCACACUUUGGAUGGAAAGAUAUCUUCUGAAGAUGCUAUCAUCCAGUUACCUAAGAUUGAUGAUAUGAUGGAGAGGGAGGUUAAAAAUCUGCGGGAAGCGAUUGAUAUUCUUCACGUGAAGCAGAAAGAGUAUGCUGAUGUAAUUCGGACUUACCUUAGCAGCCAGUCAACAGAUCAGUCUGAAAUUAGCCGCAUUACAGGUGAGCUGGAUGACAGCAUGACUGAACUAGAGGAGAGUAGGGGGAAACUAGUGAAUCUGAAAAUGCAAAAGGAAGUCGCAUCUGGGAUGCAUAACCUUACUUCUGGUGCAGUGAAUGGAACCUAUCACCUGAAAAAUCAACAGAAGGGACAAUAA